CUACUGAAAACCCUCCAGUCCCAGACCUUGAAACAGCCCAAAUCUCCUCCCAAGUCGCCCAAACCGGUUCAACAACCCGUUCCGGGCCCAGCGCCACCUUUCUGAAAUUGAAAACCAACUUGGUUUUCCGUUCAAAAUGGGCGGAGUUAAACGGAGCCAUGGGCGACCUUGGCACUUUCAUACCCAUAAUACUGGCUUUGACUCUAGCCAGAGACCUCAACCUUGGCACCACAUUGAUUUUCACUGGCAUCUACAACUUCAUCACCGGCGCCAUUUACGGCGUCCCGAUGCCUGUACAGCCCAUGAAGUCCAUCGCCGCCGAGGCCCUCUCCAACGCAGACUUCGGGGUUCCGGAGAUCAUGGCCUCCGGAAUUUUGACCGGCGGGAUCCUAUUCGUAUUGGGUGUGACGGGGCUGAUGCAGCUAGCAUACAGGCUGAUUCCUUUGUCCGUGGUCAGGGGGAUUCAACUAGCACAAGGUCUGUCCUUUGCGAUGACUGGUAAAUACGUUAAGAAAAUACAAAACUUGCCAAAAUCCAAGUCUUUGGGAAAUAGGCCAUGGUUAGGCUUGGAUGGUUUGGUUUUGGCCAUUGUAUGUCUUUGCUUCAUUAUCACAGUGAACGGGGCCGGCGAGAAUUUUCGUGGUGGUUGCUGUGCCGCGAGUGAUCCACAGCAAAGGGACGACGACGUCGACGUUGAAGGUAGAAGAAACAACAAGAGGCGAGUGAGGAAGAUAAUCUUUUCACUUCCUUCAGCCUUUAUAAUCUUUGUAUUGGGGGUUGUUUUGGCUUUCAUAAGAAGGCCAAAGGUGGUGCACGAAAUCGAAUUUGGUCCCUCCUCAAUGAGAGUGGUGAAAAUAUCAAGAGACGAAUGGAAGCGAGGAUUCAUCAAAGGUACAAUUCCUCAACUUCCACUAUCAAUCCUGAACUCUGUGAUAGCUGUAUGCAAGUUGUCGUCGGAUCUGUUUCCCGGAAAGGAAUUUACGGCCACGUCACUGUCAGUGACAGUGGGUUUGAUGAACUUGGUGGGAACUUGGUUCGGGGCAAUGCCUUCUUGCCAUGGAGCCGGUGGACUUGCAGGACAAUACAAGUUUGGUGGUCGGAGUGGUGCUUGUGUGGCUCUUCUUGGGGUAGCCAAAUUGGUGCUAGGUUUGGUGUUGGGGAGCUCUUUGGCCCAUAUAUUAAACGAGUUCCCUGUGGGGAUACUAGGGAUAUUGCUGUUAUUUGCUGGGAUUGAGCUAGCCAUGGCUUCAAGGGACAUGAAUACUAAACAAGAUUCCUUUGUGACGCUUAUGGUUACUGCAAUUUCGCUGGUGGGUUCAAGUGCGGCUCUUGGGUUUUUGUGUGGAAUGAUCAUAUUUGUGAUUCUCAAGCUAAGAAGCUGGACUAGGGAUAAGCCUUUCUCUGCCAUAUGGAUGGACACGGCUCCUGAGCAGCCCUGAAAAACCAGUAAAACGUUAUUCCUAGCUAGCCAUAAGUUCCUAUUAAUUAAUUGUACACGUUAGGAUGCACUGUACAUGUAUAUUGCAAGUAUUGGUAGUUUUAUGAGGGCUAGCUUG